AUGCUCAAGGCGUGCUCUGUUCCUGUGUGUUCAGGCCGCCCUGCGUACACGUGGAUAGUAAAGCUUUCCCUUUGUGAUUUACAUGAGAGUCCUACUCUUGGGGUCUUCCUUCACGGCGACUCGACCCUAACAUUUGGGGGCUCAUCUGGGAUUGUCUCCGUGGUGGGAGGCCCCAACAGCCGCCAGAUCUCUCAGGCUCCACCUCGGCUGACUACCAUUUUGCCAGUUAAGGCCCAAUCCUCACCUCCUGGCCUCUAUCCACCCUUACCACCAACUGUCCUACCUGAAUCUCAAACAGAUCUGAUUCAAUUCGAUCUAGAAACUCCUCCUCCCCCUCCUCUAUAUGUGCACGCUCCUCCUCCUCCUCCUCCUCCUCCUCCUCCGGUUACCUCUCCUCAGGCCCAACCUGCCUCUUCAGAAUCCUCUUCAUCAGAUGACGAUGGUGGACCAGCCCAGGGAACUCAUGGAGCCCUAAGCAAACGAGCAAAAAGUCCCCAAGAUGUGGUUGCUACUCUACCCCUCUGGUCCUACGGACCAAUGAUAGACAACGGUCAUGGAGGGGAAAUACCAACACUUCAAUGGUGGCCUUUCUCUACUUCAGAUCUGUAUAACUGGAAAAAUAACAAUCCCCCUUUUUCUGAAGACUUUUCCAGGUUGACCGCACUACUGGAGUCGCUCAUGUACUCUCACCAACCCACUUGGGAUGAUUGUCACCAGUUGUUGAGUACUCUGUUCACUCAAGAGGAAAGGGAAAGAAUCCUCACAGAAGCCAGGAAAUUGGUUCCUGGACCCGGUGGAAUACCUACCCAGAUGCCUAAUCUCAUUGAUGAUGCCUUCCCCCUGCACCACCCUGACUGGGACCCAAACACCCCUGAAGGUAGGGAGCAUUUGUCCAUCUAUCGCCAGACUCUCAUGGCGGGUCUCAAGGUGGCCGCACGAUGGCCUACUAAUUUGGCUAAGGUAAGAGAAAUUAAUCAGGGCCCCGAUGAGUCACCCUUGGCAUUUCUAGAAAGAAUAAUGGAGGCUUAUCAUAGAUAUACUCCCUUCGAUCCUCAGGAUGAAGGGUUAAGAGGAUCCAUUGCUAUGACUUUUAUAACCCAGUCAGCCCUAGACAACAGAAAGAAACUUCAACGUUUAGAUGGGUUACAAACCGCAACCCUUAGAGAAGUAAAGGAAGCAGAGAAAGUGUUUUAUAAAAGAGAGACAGAGGAGGAAAAAGAGGUGAGAAAAAAAAAAAAGAAAGAAAGAGAAAUGAUGAGGGAAAAGGAAAGAGAACGAAGGCGAAAUAAGGAAUUAACUAAGAUCUUGGCCACAGUAGUUCAGGGAAACACAGAUGAGAAAAAGCCACGCCGCCUUCUGUUAGAGCCCAAUCAAUGUGCUUACUGUAAAGAGAUAGGACACUUGGGCUGGAGAGAACAUGCUCCUGGAGCCCAAAGACGCCACCCUAAUGUGUUGGCCCUAGAGGAGGAUGACAAGAGGGGACGGGGCUCGGUCCCCCUCCCUGAGCUCAGGGUAACCUUCUAUGUGGAGGGGACUCCAAUUGAUUUUGAAGUAGAUACAGGCGCGGUUUUCUCUGCCCUUCGAAAUCCCAUUGGACCUUUGUCCGGCCGGAGGUCUUUAGUGCAAGGGGCAAAUGGCAGUAGAUAUCGGGCUUGGACUACAAAGAGAACUAUGGAUUUAGGAAAAUGAAAAGUACAACAUUUCUUUCUAGUCAUACCUGAAUGCCCGGCUCCCCUCAUGGGAAGAGACUUAUUAACUAAACUGAGAGCCAAAGUAAUCUUUGAGCCUCAGGGACCCCAAGUGACUUUUCUUAACCCUCUGGUGAGUCAACCCAUGACAACUAUGCUGACUAUUGCCACUGAAGAUGAAUAUCAACUCUAUACCCAGCCCCAGCCUCAAGCCCCAUUUAUUCCUCAGCAUUGGCUAACAGAAUUUCCUGAUUCAUGGGCUGAAACUGCCAGACUGGGACUUGCCACCUCACAACCUCCUGUGGUAAUAACUUUAAAAGCAUCUGCCACUCUGGUCCGCAUCAAACAAUACUAUAUAAGUAAGGGAGCUCACCAAGGGAUAAAAGGACACAUACAAAAGUUUCUUGACCUAGGAGUAUUAAUACCAUGCUGGUCAUCCUGGAAUACCCCUCUGUUGCCGGUCAAGAAACCAGGGACAGGGGACUAUAGACCGGUACAAGACCUACGAGAAGUAAACAACAGGGUAGAGGACAUACACCCUACAGUGCCUAAUCCCUACAACCUGCUCAGCACCCUGAGCCCUGAAAGGAUUUGGUAUACAGUAUUGGAUCUAAAAGAUGCCUUCUUUUGUCUGUCUUUGCACAAAGAUAGCCAACCUCUGUUUGCUUUUGAAUGGACGGACCCAGAGAUGGGAGUAACAGGACAGCUGACUUGGACUCGCCUCCCACAGGGCUUCAAAAAUAGCCCUACUAUUUUUGAUGAGGCCCUCCACAAGGACCUGACUGUUUUCUGGAUCCGGCACCCCGAGGUAACACUGCUCCAAUAUGUGGACGACCUUCUGCUGGCCUUGAAUUCGGAAACAGACUGUAUGUAUGGGACUCGGGAACUUUUACAAGAACUGGCUAAAUUGGGAUAUCGAGCCAUGGCCAAAAAGGCUCAAAUUUGUCAGAGGGAGGUCAUCUUUCUGGGAUAUACCCUCAAAGAUGGAAGAUGAUGGCUCACAGAGGCCAGAAAAAAGACUGUCAUACCAAUUCCUCCGCCCACAAACCGGAGGCAAUUAUGGGAAUUCCUGGGAACUGCAGGGCUUUGCCGACUGUGGAUUCCAGGAUACACUUCCCUGGCUGCCCCCCUCCAUCCCCUCCUUAAGAGAGAUGCCAAUUUUAUCUGGGGCCCAGACCAACAACAGGCCUUUGAUGAUAUCAAAAGGGCCCUGUUGUCAGCCCCUGCCUUGGCUCUCCCCAAUGUGGACAAACCUUUCACUCUCUACAUUGAGGAAAAACAGGGGAUAGCACGAGGAGUAUUAACUCAAGCCUUUGGCCCCUGGAAAUGGCCUGUGGCCUAUUUAUCAAAAAGAUUAGACUCUGUGGCCAGCGGAUGGCCUCACUGCUUAAAAGCUGUUGCAGCUGUUGCUAUGUUAACCAAAGAUGCAGACAAAUUAACUUUGGGGCAGAAGCUAACUGUAAUAGCCCCACACACUCUGGAGAGCGUCAUUUGUCAACCUCCCAAUAGAUGGCUCUCUAAUGCCAGGAUUACUCAUUACCAAAAUCUCCUGCUUAAUAAAGACCGAAUAACGUUCGGUCUGCCAACUGCCCUCAACCCACCCACUCUACUGCUGGAAGAAACUCUGGAACCGAUCCUCCACACCUGACAAGUGAUCCUGGUGGAAGAAACUGGGAUUCGCUGAGACCUCACAGACCAGCCGCUCCCAAACGCUGAGGUAACCUGGUACACCGACGGUAGCAGUUUCUUGCUAAAUGGUAAGAGACAUGCGGGGGCCACAGUCACUGAUGGGACUCGGGUUAUCUGGUCAUCAGGAUUGAGGGAAGGCUCUUCCACACAGCGGGCAGAACUGAUUGCCCUCACUAAGGCUUUAGAGCUGGCUAAGGGAAAAAGGGCAACCAUCUAUACCGACAGCCAUUACGCCUUCGCUACGGCACAUAUUCAUGGAGCUAUCUAUCAACAAAGGGAGCUCCUCACUUCAGCUGGAAAGGAGAUCAAAAAUAAACAAGAAAUACUUAGACUUUUGUCAGCUAUUAUGCUGCCACAGAAACUGGCUAUAGUACAUUGCAACAGCCAUCAGAAGGGCUCUAGCCCCAUUGUAAGGGGAAACAACCAUGCUGAUGAGGCUGCCAGACAAGCGGCCCUAGACGCUCCUACAACCACACCACCUGAACUUCCUACACCACCCCAUCUGAUGGAGGAACCAGAGCUUCAAGCCUAUUUCCAACAAAUUCAUAAGUUAACUCAUUUGGGCGUCAGGAAACUCUGCCUACUGGCUCGACAUCAUGCCACCAGUAACCUACCUCUGUCUAAGGUACAAAGACUGGCUGAACAGGUCACCAAGGAAUGUAAAGCUUGUCAACUUGUCAACCCUCAUCCCUCAAAGCUUGUUGGGGGAAUAAGGUUAUGAGGGGAUCGACCUGGACAAUUUUGGGAGGUAGAUUUUACUGAAAUAAAGCCUGCCAGGUAUGGAGUCAAAUAUUUGUUAGUCUUUAUAGACACUUUUUCAGGAUGGACCGAAGCCUUUCCUACUAAACAGGAGACUGCUCAAAUAGUAGUCAAAACUGAUGGAAGAAAUAUUUCCUUGUUUUGGCAUGCCUAA